UGACGAUACAGUCGUAUGAUUAAAUAUAUAUUAAGUAAAACGCAUAAUUAAGUUAACUGUUUUAAAAGAAUGUGAUAAAAAAUGGAUAUGUGAAAAAUAAUUUUGAAUGAAAACAAUUCAUAAUUGAAUAAAUUCAUUUUAUAACCGCAUCGUGUUGUGGCAUUAGUUGUUUGACUAUGAAUAGUUAAGAGCCGAAACAAGGAGCCAUUCUUCUAAGACUCAUGAUUCACAAAUCGUAUACAGCGAACAAGGAAAACAACAUUGAAACAAAUUUGAAAUAACUAUUGUAGUGAUAGAAAAGAAAAAAUGUUGCGGAUUUUUAUAUUAAAGUGGUUCGUAUUAAAAGGGUUUUUACUGUCAGCAUUUUGCAACGCAACGGACACGCCCAAAUUCCCUACCCCCUUUGGCAAUGCAAGAAAGUUCUCGAAUGUUCAACCACCAUCACAAGUCCACACGCAAGCGACGUUUAAUGAAUUUAUGGGUACUAGUCAGAGCAGCAAUACACGAGUUGGUGUUGGAAGUGGCUUAGAUUGUGUUCUUCAAUGCGCGUGUAGAGUAAGAUCCAACGCUAUGUCGUAUAAAACACUGACAUGUGACACACCGGACACGUUGACGUCAUUUCCCGUUCUACAGGACAAGGAACUAAUGGCGAACAUUACAGGAAUAAUGAUAGCGAGCCAACCUCGUCUGACACGGCUUUCCGCUGAGGAUAUGGCACACUACCCUGGAUUAAAUGUGAUGUCGAUCAAACAUUCUGGCCUACGUUACGUGUUGGACGGGACGUUUAACGCUACGCAGAAUUUAACAGAACUACAUCUACAGAACAACAACAUCAGCCAUCUACCGUGGACCGUUUUCAACUACUCGUUGCCCCACUGGCAGCUGCAACUGAAUCUUGCUGGGAACAAAAUAGAGUGCAACUGUAGUGCAUGGUGGUUGCAGCGGGUUCUGCAACAGAGAGAUGGAACGGUAUACGUCAGCAGUGACGUCAUAAUGUGCACCAAUAGGCAACGAUUGGUCGACAUCGUUAUCGAAAACUGUGAAAUUCCAGAACUUCACAUUGAACCAAAAGAAAUUUCUAUAAAAGAGGGCCAGAGUUUUACUGUAGUUUGCAGCAGCCCGGACCCUGCUAAUAUCCAUAUGUACUGGGACACAAGUAACCUGUUGUCUGUCGUUACCUUGGAAACUAACAAUGAGACAUCAAGCAAAGUACUGAUUGUCAACAACACACAGGCCAUGGACAAUGGCUGGAUAUCUUGCAUCGCUGAAAACAGAGUAGCGAGAAUAAGAAAAACAUUUAAACUUAUUGUUAAUUCUGCGCCUGUCAUAAUCAGUCUGAGCAAAUCUGAGAAGUAUUUCUAUCCUUGCAUCCAAUUUAAAUAUAUUGGGGGACCAGCGGUGAAUCUGACUUGGUUAAAAAACGGCAAACCGUUUAACGUUGGAAACGGUUCGGGAGAUAACAGCGUGAAUGUGACAUCCAAGAUCUUGAAUCCAAAUAUUGCUGCUGAAGGUGGACGCCAUGUUGUUGGUGGAUGCCUUUGGUUCCGGAUACACAAUUUCCAUCAUUACGGGAUGUACACGUUGGUGGCAACGAACUCGUUCGGCUCUUCGAACAAAUCAACGAUCUAUGAACAGAAAACAUUGAUCAAUGGUAAUCAACAAGUCCAGCGACCAAGUGUGGACGGUAUUUUCAAGCCGAUGUUCCCAGGCCAGGACAGUCAUUCUGAACUUGUAAAGCAAAAUGAUACAUUAGACAACUCGACAUCUAGCAUCAAAAAUGACUUUAUUUACAUCAUUGUUGGAGUAUCAGUAGCUCUAGUAGCAGUUGCCAUUGGAAUGACACUAUUGUGUCUGAUGAAGCAUAAACGACCGACUUUCAAGUCAAGAACUCCACUUAUUGACAUACUAAACCCACCAAUAUCUCGAGAAAAUAUGCCACUUACACAUAACCAGAUGGUGGAGAACCCAAACUACGCCUCACAACCAAUUGACCUCCAAAGUUGCAUAGCUGUAAGACGGAUAGAAGCCGAUAGUGUUCAGUGCCUAGACCAGCUAGGGGAAGGGGCGUUUGGUCGCGUUUUCUUGGGUCAGUGUUACGAUGUUCCUACAGAUGGCCAGCAGUCCAUGGUUGCAAUUAAAGUGCUCAAAGACACAAUGACAGACGAGUCGAGAAAAGACUUCGAACGAGAAGCUGAAAUGCUCACUAGUUUAGAACACACGAACAUUGUCCAGUUUUUUGGAAUGUGCGCCAAGGAUGAUACUUUCAUGUUGAUAUUUGAAUAUAUGGAAAAUGGUGAUCUCAAUAAUUUUCUCAGAAAGCAUGGACCAGAUGCAGCUCUUUUUAAGAAGGAAGCGACAGCCCUAUUAAACACGUCGGAGUUGCUCCAUAUAGCUCGACAGGUGGCAGUAGGGAUGGAAUACCUCGCCUCCCAACAUUUCGUGCACCGCGAUCUCGCUACUAGAAACUGUUUGGUAGGAGCGGAGCUGGUCGUCAAAAUAGGCGACUUUGGAAUGUCUAGGGACAUAUAUAGCACUGACUAUUAUAAGGUUGGUGGCAACGCGGUCUUACCAGUAAGAUGGCUUCCUCCAGAGUCGUUACUUUACCGUACAUUCACGACAGAAUCCGACACCUGGAGCUUCGGUGUUCUUCUUUGGGAAAUAUUCACAUAUGGCAGGCAGCCUUGGUUCCAUUUGUCUAACAACGAGGUGAUUGACUGUAUAGUGAAUGGUCACCUGUUGGAUUGUCCGCAGAACUGUCCGGAAGAAGUCGGGAAAAUCAUGCAGGGAUGUUGGAAACAGCAGCCAGAUGAGCGCAUGACCAUGGAAAUAAUCCAUAAACACAUUGUCAGUCUCAUCGACAAUGUGGUCUGAAUUGUGAUCAAAGUCCAUAGUUGGACUAUCGAACUGGGUUUUAGUGAACCUUUUCAUAGACUCCUAUAUAAACUCGGGCAUUCUUUAAAAAUGGUGUGUACGUUGUAAUAAUCAGGAUUAAAGUUUGG